CAUCGUAGCCUCGAAAAAAAAAGACGAAGAAGCACCAAUACAACAUAUAAAACAUAUAAAAGGCAUUACACGAAAAUGGCGUCGGUAAUCAAGUAUCCAGGAAAGCAUGAUGUCAUGCUCGGGCGGGGUGGAGAGUCAAACUACCACAGCGGGAACAUUGCGUUCCGCCACAUGGUGCAGCAGUACAAGGAGCGUUUCCGGUUGGGAUCCCGCAAAGAGAAGAAUAGAGUCAUUGAUGAAGUCGUCAAUACAUGGAGAAACCAAGACCCCAUUGGCCGUUUUGUGGCCAAGAAGAAGCUCAGCAAUGGGGAUGUUGUCUGGUACGACGUGGGAGAUGAUCUUGCAAGGAAACGGGCGGCCAAGUCUUUGGCAGAGUGGACUCCUCAAGCACCCCAAAGCUCCCAGCAUAAGAGACAAAGGAGUGAUGAAAGUUACUCAUCAGUGUACAAAUCGAGGGAAACAAAAUCAAGUCCACUAAAGAGGUCAAGGUCAACUGGAAACGAUGAUGCCCCGUCUACAGGCCUUCCUGCGACUCCAGUGAGCAAUGCAAACCCUUUCAACCCACUGCUAAUGGGGUCUCCAACAGCAGUUGGUAUGGACACGAGCAGCUUUUUCCCAAGUCAGCAACCCCCUCAACAACCAUUUCCAGGGUUGCCAACGCUCUCACUCCCACUGCCACAGUCGCAACCUGAACCUCCAUCUGAUCUCGUGAUGCUCCAAACAAGCACCUAUGUACAACAUCCACAAGUUAAUGUCGCGGCGCAACUUCUUCCCCAAGAAGACCUAGUCAUGCCAGACUUUUUGUGCAACGUGAACCAACUUAGCAACUUGAACAUUAACAUGGGUGUUCUUCCUCUUGAGCGCAUUCGAAUGACAAUACCAACUGCCGCAGAGUUGUCCGCGGAAGCCUUCUCCUCGGAUGACGACAAAUCUGAUCGCAGCCAUGAGAGUCAUGGUAGCAACAAUACCAUUACUAUCAUGGGGGGCAAUAACAAGGGCUUCUCCUCCAGAGUUUCCGGCUCGGGUUCGGCUUGGUAUCAACCAGAUUGGCAAACCUGGCUCAGGAAGUGAACUCGAAGACAGCUACUUGUUGAUGGUGGCUGCUCAUCUUUGGCAGACUGCUGUCUUUGGUAGACUGUUGUAUCUAGCUACUAGCUACCUACUAGAGGCGAUAAUGUUGAUUGAUUGGCUUCCAACAAAGAGCACAAGUUUUGGGCAACCCUUGCCUUGGGGAGGUUCGAUACUGCUGCAAUCUUUUAAUUCGUCACUGCACCGCACACUUUGUGACGUGGCGAAAGAGGGGAGGACCACAACACAACACCUACCUUAUGAGAGAAGCCAGAGGACGUGCAAGAAUCGCUACACGUGUACAGUACCGUACCGGUACGAGAGAUUGCUCCAGUAAGAAAAUAAACAAAAAGGCUUUGGGUUAUACGGUGCAGUGUACCAGUAUCGCUAUUGUUCCCAUGACAGCUCAUACUUCGUACCGCUAAUAUUUUAAAUAUGUUCA